AUGGGCAAGCACCACGCCACGCACCACGCGCCGACCGUCGAAGUCGACGAGAAGACCAUGAUCUUCCUCAUCAAGUUCAUGAACACCGCGUCCAAGGAAAAGCUCCUCGAGACGUUUGAAGGCCACUUCACCGACCACAUGGCCGACAAGAUCGUCGACCAGCGCCUCUUUGGCGGCAUGAAGAAGCUCGAUGACAUCCUCGAGAAGAAGAUCAUGCGGAAAAAGAAGUUUGAGGAGUUUCAGGACGUUGCGCUGAAAUGGGCCGUCGAGCACAAGCCCAAGGAGAAGCGCCAAACCGCCAUGGGCAAGGCCACGGAACCCGCCGCCGACGUCGACCCGAAGGUCCUCCUCUUUGCACUUAAGUUCCUCAACACGGCCACGAAAGAGAAGCUCCUCGACAACCUUGACGGGCUCUCGGACAGCGUCGCCGACAAGAUUCUCGACCAGCGCCUCUUUGGCGGUCUCAAGAAGCUGGACGACAUUGUCGAGAAGAAGAUUAUGCGAAAGAAGAAAUACGAAGAGUUCAAGAGCGUCAUUCUGGACUAUGCGACGGCCAACAAGCCCAAGGAGAAGCCCGUCACAGAUUAG